AUGUCCCAUGAAGACGCCCAUGUGGACGUAACGGUUGAAGAAGAUCGUGCCGUUUCAGUGGAGGAAAAUGCCAGCAGUCAUUCAGGUGACACGGAUUCUGCAUUCAGCGACGAUGACCAAACAGUCUUGAGCUCUUCACUGCGCUCAUCAAUCUACAACCACCGAUACGAGAACGGUCGAACAUACCAUGCAUACCGAGAUGGAGAAUAUCCAAUUCCUAAUGAUGAAGAGGAACAAGAACGACUAGACCUGCUGCAUCAUCUUUUCAAGAUGAUCCUGGGCGGAGAGCUAUACCUGGCGCCCUUGCCCGAAGAACCUCAACGCAUCCUCGAUGUAGGAACCGGUACUGGGAUUUGGGCAAUCGAAAUAGCCGACCGGUUCCCCAUGGCACAAGUCAUUGGUACGGAUCUAUCGCCCAUCCAGCCAGUGUGGGUUCCUCCCAACCUACAAUUCUACAUCGAUGAUGCCGAGAGUGACUGGACAUUCCAUGAAUCGGAGAAGUUCGACUUCAUCCAUGGUCGUGCUUUGUGCGGGGGCAUUGCAGAUUGGCCGAGGUUUUAUGCGCAGGCGUACGAGCAUCUGCAGCCGGGAGGAUGGUUAGAGAUGCAGGACCACGAGUGUUGGCUCAACAGCGACGACGGCGGCAUGGAUCGGGCUCCUGGCAGCUCCGAAUGGAUCCGCGAAGUUGAUCGAGCCAGCACCAUGUUUGGCAAACGGCUGAACAUUGCCCAUCUUCAUCGACAAUGGAUGAUUGAUGCUGGGUUUCAACAUGUCUCCGAGAUGAUCCGAAAGGCAAGCAUCCCCAAGCCCGCCGACUUGUCUUCAUUUAUUGACCCUGAGUAG